AUGCCUCGCAUUCCGCUCCAGCUCUUUCGCGUCCUCGCACGUCCCCCGACGUUGCAUCCCGUUCCUCGCGUCGCGUCCCUGAUCUCCAUCCUCUCCAGUCGCCCGCUACUCCCUCAGCCCACCCCCUCCGUCCUCCUCGCGUGCGCAUUCCGCAAUCCAGUGUCUCUGUCCUUGCCUUCUGCUAUCAUCCAGCAGGCGCGCCAUAAAUCACGGGGAACAGAGUAUCAACCCUCUCAACGGAAGAGAAAGCGCAAGCAUGGCUUCCUCGCGAGGAAGAGGAGCGUAAAUGGGCAGAAGAUCCUCCAAAGACGAAGGGUCAAGGGGAGACGCUUUUUGACCCAUUAG